CUUUUGCCAAGAACAAGAGGAAAUGGCUUCAAGUUGCACCAUGGGAGGUUUAGGUUGGAUAUGAGGAGCAAUUUAUUCCCCAAAAGCUUUGUGUUAUUCUUGGAAAGUUUCGCACCACUUGUGAAUUCCUUGCACCUUGGCGUUGGGAGCCCACUUCUGUUGGGCCCUCCUCCUUUACAGUUUGCUCACAUUAAGACACAGUUGGCUCUUCAGCAGUUGACCUCGGUUGCUCCCAACGCUUCUGCACCUCCUCAUGCUUGGUUAAAUCAGGUGGUUCCGAAAAGCACAAUGUUUAGCCCUAGAGGAACUUUACCUCAGAGGCCCAGAGGACCUAACCCGUCUGGCACAAAGCCUCCAGGAUCCUUUACGGGAAGGGGUGCAGGAGGUCUUCAGAGAAAACCCACGCCUGGAGCACCUCAAGGAAUGCCACCGAGAUGUUCGGGGCAGGAGACACUUCAGUGGACAGGUUCCCAGAGGAUAAACGUUCGGGUAACUCUGCACAGGCCUGAUCCGAGGAAGGUGAAGGAGAAGUCAAACCUACACCAGGAGCAGAAGGGGGAGCCUCGCCCAACUCGCUGGGAUAUCAGCCCGUGCCCGGCUGGGAUGAGUGGGCAAAAGCCACCUGCCUCGGCGCGGAUCUCAGAGCAGAACUCCAACGCCCAGAACCGCUACACGCCAGAAAGCGCUUCCAGUAUUCUCGCGAGUUUUGGGCUGUCCAACGAAGAUCUGGAGGAGCUCAGCCGUUAUCCAGACGAUCAGCUGACGCCCGAGAACAUGCCGCUGAUCCUGAGAGAAAUCCGGAUGCGUAAGAUGGGGCAUUCUUUGCCUGGCCUACACAGUCAGAGCCGGGCAGAGGAACCCGUGGGUGGUAGCGGCGGUGCGGCAGUCAAGAGUAAAGUGAUCGAUUACGGCCAUGCGAGCAAGUACGGUUACACCGAGGACCCCCUGGAAGUGCGUCCUUUCAACCCCGAAGCGCUGCCGGAAGAGCCCCUGGAAGCACGUGUGUAUGCUCCUGAGGUGCCCAGCGCGGAGAAGAGGGAAGAGUUCCCCCGGGAGCAGAGCGUGCCGAUGGCUGUCCCACCGCCGAGCGUGCCCUGCAAUCCGCUGAGGCUCCGGGGAAGGUGUCCGGAAUAUGCGUAA